AUGCCGACCUCAACCCUCUCCCACCCAGCCUUCACACGCAUCCCACCAUGGGUGCAAUCCAAACUCACACCCAUCGCCAUCUCAAAAAUAACCGCCGUCUACGACUUCGUAGAAAACGAAUGCAUCCCCCUCGAACCGAUCAUGAAAUCCCAAAUCUCCUCCCCUUCAUCGCGCUGGACGACUCAACCGCUCAUGCACGAGCUUCGCGAGAAAGCGAAAGCCGCAGGACUGUUCAAUUUGUUCCUGCCGAAGCAUUUCAAGGAGAGUCCAGGGCUGACGAAUUUGGAGUAUGCGUGUUGUGCGGAGAUUAUGGGGAGGGUUUAUUGGGCGCAGCAGACGAUGAAUUGCCAUGCGCCUGAGACGGGGAAUAUUGAAUUACUAGCGAAAUACUGCACGCCGGCGCAGAAGAAGAAAUGGUUACAGCCACUACUAGACGGAACAGCAUCGUCUGCGUAUUCGAUGACAGAGCCAGACGUUGCGUCUAGCGAUGCGACGCAAAUUGGCUGUCGAAUCACGCGUGAGGGGGACGAGUACGUGAUUAACGGGCGGAAAUUGUAUGGGAAUUGUAUCUGGAAUUCCGAGAACAAGUUUUACAUCCUCAUGGGGCUGUCCGAUCCAGAGAAUCCGAAUAAAUGGAAUCGGCACUCGACGGUGAUCGUGCCGACGAGCACGCCGGGGAUCACACAGGUGAGGAAUCUGACGAUUAUGGGGUAUGAUCAUGCCCCUGAGGGACAUGGGGAGUAUGUGUAUAAGGAUGUGCGGGUGCCGGUGGAGAAUAUCAUUUUGGGGGAGGGAAGGGCGUUUGAGAUUGCGCAGGGUAGGUUGGGGCCGGGGAGGAUUCAUCAUUGUAUGAGGUUGAUUGGACAGUGUGAGAGGGCGUAUGAGUUGGCGUUGAUUAGGUGUAUUGAUACGAGGAAGACGCCGAGGGGGAAGUCGAUUGGGUCUUUUGAUUCGAAUAUUGAAAGGAUUGCGCAGAUGAGGUUGGAAAUUGAUCAGGCGAGGUUGGUGGUUUUGAAUGCGGCUGAUACGAUGGACAAGCAUGGUAAUAAAGCUGGGAGAUAUGCUAUUGCGCAGUCGAAGAUUUUGAUACCGAAUAUGGCGACGAGGGUUAUUGAUGAGUGUAUGCAGUUGUAUGGUGGUCAGGGUCUUACGCAGCAUACUCCUUUGCCGGAGAUGUGGACGUAUGCUCGGUUUGUGAGGAUUGCGGAUGGUCCUGAUAGCGCGCAUAGACAUCAGGUUGGGAGAGAUGAGUUGAAGACUGCGGAGAAGUUCUUGGAGAGGAAUAAGGAGUAUAGACGGAAGUAUUUGAAGGCAGCGAAAGAGAUGGGUGUAGAGGUUGAGACCUUCCAUGGUGUUACUCCUGAUGUAUAA